UUUCCGCGCAAAAAUAAAAAGAAGAAGAAAGAAAGUGAAUGUGAAUUGUGCGUGGAUUUCCGUUGGAAAGUUGGUUACUUUGUUUGGAUCGGUCUCUCACAUUCUCCUGCUAAUAACGCCUUAUAUUCUCUCCAUCUCUAAACAUUCGCAUCAUAUCAUACCAUAAGUGUGUUCAGUUUCUUCAACCGUUUGCCUUGAAUUGUUCAUAUCAUCCUGGGAAGAAGGUCAAAGUUUUUAUCUGUUUCAACUUUCAGCAAUCGGUUUCUCCUUUUGAAGCUGAUUGAGUUUGGUGGAUGAUGGCUAACACUAAAAUUUCAUCUUCUGAGUGGCGUAAGCUCUCUCCGAGUGUUACCACGGCCUUGGCGUCGGCUUUUCUUGAAUGGUUGCUGAUUCUUUUCCUGUUUAUUGAUGCUGUUUUUUCUUAUGUUAUAACAAAGUUUGCUGGUUACUGCAAAUUGCAAAUACCGUGCCUGUUAUGCUCAAGGCUUGAUCAUGUGUUAGGCAAAGAGAAAGGAGGAUAUUAUUGGGACUUGAUUUGUAGUGGUCAUAAGACCGAGAUCUCUUCUUUAGUUCUUUGUUGUGCACAUGAUAAGCUUGUAAAUGUGCAAGGAAUGUGUGAAAGUUGCCUCUUCUCUUUUGCUACCAUCAACAAAUCCAAUGCUGAAACUUACAGGUUAUUGGUGGGUAAAUUAGGGGAGGGAUCUGAGACCAGAUUUGAUCAGGAUCCAUUACUUGGUGAAAAUUCAAAAUGCUGUUCUUGUUGUAAUGAACAAUUGGUUUUAAAAGGCUAUGAUCAAAGGUUGGUAAUUACGAAGUCAAUUGGGUCUGGCAGUGCUGAUUUUGAUGGAUCGAAUGCUGUUGGAAACAAAUUUCACAAGAAAAGAAGAGUUAAACCAUUUGUAUCAUCCAGAGCUGCACACCUUAGAAAUAAACAUGCAGAUCCUUUGUCUCAUGUUGGUUACACCGAGCUAAAGAUUACUUCUGAUACUGAGUCUGAACCGGAUGUUUCCUUAUCUGAUGAUGAUGGUACAAGCAUACCAGUUCAGGGUACAGAUGACACCAAGGAAGAUAUAGAGGUUUCAUGUGAACAUAUGGAGCCUCACAUCCACGAUUCAAAUGAGAAUUUGGCUUUUGAGAAGCUAGGGACUUCAGCUUCUGGACUUCAACCAUCAUUAUCAGAGUCAGGAAUGCGAUUAGAAAAUAUAGAUGUUCAUGGCACUAAAUCUACAGCGACAACAGAAAGUAGAGAUGGCUUGGCCAAACUUGAUUCUCAGCAGCAUGUUGAGAGAAAUGAUGUUUGUCCUUCCCCAAGAGAGCUUAUUUUCUUUAAUGAAGUCCCUGCAUCAUCAAAUAAAAUAGGAGUUCCUGUUGAAGUAUCAAAGGAAAACUAUGAUUUGACAACUGAUGAAGUAGGGAUAAAAUCUAAGCAAAGAAUAACCACAGACUGUGGGGGAAUAAUUGAGUCAGUUGAUAAGCCAACAACAUCUGAAGUAGGUUUAGAAUCAACCCCCUUUUCUAGUGAUAUUGGUCAGCAAAAUCCCAAUUUACUAGAUCUUGGCGAUGCCUAUAAGCUAGCUGUCAGUAACAGCAGAGGAAGACCUGGCAUGCUUGUAGAGCAUUGGCUUGGAAAGGAUUCUACAAGAAUUAGUGAAGAUUUGAAGAUAUUGCUGUCACAAUUUUCAGCUACUCGAGGGACUGAUCUGUCCGUUAAUGAUAUCAGUCCUAGAUUGUCUAUAAACAGUGAUGAAGUGAAGACUUGUGAUGUUUCUAACUCUGCUGGAAUCCAGAUACUUCAAAAAAUGAUUUCACUUGAGCGAAAUGAAUCUGGUUUGUCUCUGGAUGGAAGCCUUGUCAGUGAAAUUGAAGGUGAAAGCGCAGUCGACAGGCUAAAAAGACAAGUUGACCAUGACAGGAAACUUAUGAAUGCUUUGUAUAAAGAGCUGGAGGAAGAAAGAAAUGCUUCUGCAGUUGCUGCAAAUCAAGCAUUAGCCAUGAUCACAAGGCUGCAGGAAGAAAAGGCAACAUUACAUAUGGAAGCCUUGCAGUACUUAAGAAUGAUGGAUGAGGAGUCUGAGUACGAAACAGAAGCUUUGCAAAAAGCUAAUGACCUUCUUGUUGAGAAGGAGAAAGAGAUAGAAGAGUUGGAAGCUAAGCUUGAGUUCUAUAGGAAGAAGUUCCCUGAUGAAUCUGUGCUGGAAAACAUGGUGGAUACAAACUCUGAAAUGAAGGUGAAAGAUAUUGGAUUGGAUCAUUGCAUUGAAAAGGAUGAGAGUAUCCUUGGAAAGUCGGUUACUGAAAAUACCAAUAUAUCUGACAAAGCUGAAGUUCUAUCCACAUCUCUGGAAAAACAGAAUGUUCAAUCUAUAAAAAAUUCCCCAUUGGAGUUUCAAGAUGAAAGGUUAUAUAUUUCCCAAUGUUUGAAGAAGUUGGAGAAGCAAGUUUACUUUUUCCUGAAUAUUCAUCAAUCUCAGGACAAUUGGCUAAAUUCUGAAAAUGAUGAAAAGGAAUCCCUGGAAAACUGUGAGAACUUGGAUAAUAAUAUUCUAAUUCAAGAAUCUGUUUCUUCACCUAAAUUAAAUUUGGAUAACAUGGGUGAUGAUUCCUCAUCCAAGGAACCUCCAGUUUGCAAGAAAAUUGGUGAACUUGGAUACAAUGGACAUAGCUCCCUUGCGCUCGGUGGGAAUAAUGAUUUAUCUUCUACUGGGAGUUUGGUUUCAGAUUUUAUUGGAAGGUUGCAAGUUCUUGAGGCUGAUUUGAGUUUCCUUAAGCAUAGUAUCAACUUAUCGAGCAAUGGAGAAGAAGGACUUAAAUUAUUGCAGGAAAUAGCUGGUCACCUACAACAAUUGCGCCAGAUUGGGAUAAGAGAAUUAGAUCAACCUGUUGCUUGAGGCUGUUGUAUAUAAGAUUCAUACACUUAUGAUCGGAUCUGCGACCAGGAGGAAGUUACAUUGUGCACUAUGUGAACCAGGUUACCAAGGCUGGUUGCAACUGUACAGUAACAUAGCUUGCUUUCAUCCAGGAUAUAAGAAAAUAGGAUUUUAAAUAGUAUUGAGUGUUUUUUAUAUUAACUUUUUUCCUUUUUCUCCCCCUGUCUUUUUAUUCGGGGUUUCAUUGAACGUUUUGCUGCAUUGAGUUGACAAGGUUUUCUUUUAUCUGCCCAUUCAAAUUUUCUUUUUACAAUAAAAUUCUCCCUUUGCCGUAUUUGCAUUGUAAUUUGUAAAUGAGUGAGUGCUUGUUAAUUGGUGUUGUCUUCUUGUAUUGGAUUGAUUAGUUUGGAAACAGAGUGAAUUAACAUCUGCGAGAAUUUUAUACAUGGCCAUGGGCGCUAUUUGCUCCAGUGUUUA